AUGUCUGACGACGUGGAAGAUGUCUCAUUUCUCCCAGGUGACAGUCUCCACAGGAAAUCUGUAUAUGAGCCAUCUGUGAAACAAAAAUGUCGACAGCUUGUCUUGGGUAAAGGUCGUGCUACAGCAAUUGUUGUCGGCAUUGGCGUUUUCAUCCUAGUCAUCACGAUCAUUGCAGCAUUUGCCAGGCCUGGAUCCCAGCCUCCGCAGCCCUGUUUCCAGCCCCAAGUUGCACCAACAACAGACCAAACACAGGUGUCCCCUAAACCCAAUGAGACAAAGUACUUAGCGACCGAUGGAGAAGUGUUUCCUUGGCAGCAGAUAAGACUGCCCAGGUCUGUCAUCCCCAUGGAAUAUGAUGUAAUGAUUCAUCCAGAUUUCAUCCCAGAAAGAAAAACGUUCAAAGGCAGUGUCAAGAUCAAGGCAGUGGUCUUGAAAAAGACUGAGAUGAUAAUUUUCCAUGUGAAAGAUUUGACAAUCACAAAUGUCACAGUGCAGGUUCAACGCAAAGAUGGGGGCAUUCUGCGUAAGUGUGAUGUGAAAAUGCAAUUGAAGUGUGAAGAACUUCAAAUGUAUGUUCUCCAGAUGGCUGAAACACUGAUGGAGGAGACAAGAGUUACAGUGACUUUGGAAUUUGAUGGCACACUGAUGAAAAAACUAUCUGGAUUCUAUCUUAGUAGCUACAAAACUCCAGAAGGAAAAGUAAAGUAUCUUGGGACAACUCAGUUUGAAUCGACAGGUGCAAGAGAGGCAUUUCCUUGUUUUGAUGAACCAGACAUGAAGGCUAAAUUCACAAUGUCCAUUGUUCGUGACAGGAAUCAGAUUUCACUGUCCAACAUGCCACGCCUUACGUCAACUCCAUACAAUAAGUCAAAUGGGCUCAUUGUAGACAAGUUUCAGCAGAGUGUAGCUAUGAGUACUUAUCUUGUGGCUUUCAUUGUGUGUGACUAUGAUAAAGUGAAUGGAACCACAGAACAGGGUACAAAGGUGAGUGUGUAUGCUCCACCCCACCAGAUUAACCAAGCACAUUUUGCUCUUGACACAGCCAUUAAAGUCCUCAACUUCUACAACAAGUUGUUUGGUAUCAAGUAUCCACUGCCUAAACAGGAUCUUGUGGCCAUUCCUGACUUUGCAGCAGGUGCUAUGGAAAAUUGGGGUUUGAUCACCUAUCGUCUGACAACCAUUCUUUAUGAUCCAGAAGUGUCAUCUGCUCGUGAUCGACAGUAUGUAGCCAUAGUGAUCGCCCAUGAAUUAGCUCAUCAGUGGUUUGGAAAUCUGGUGACCUUGAAGUGGUGGAAUGACCUUUGGUUGAAUGAAGGUUUUGCAUCCUUUGUUGAGUAUUUAGGUGCCAACAAAACUGACCCUUCCUUCUCAAUGAUGGAACAGUUUGUACUGAGUGACCUGAUGAGAGCGAUGUCUAGGGACUGCGUCCAGAGCUCACACCCCAUUACAGUGGAUGUUAAGGAUCCUGCUCAGAUUGAUGAACUCUUUGACGCCAUCUCCUACAGCAAGGGAGCCUCCUUAAUUCGUAUGCUAAGUGACUUUAUGGGACAGGAAAAAUUUCAGGAUGGAAUUAAGAAAUACCUCAAUACAUAUAAAUAUGGCAAUGCAAGAACAGAAGACUUAUGGGAUAUCCUCACUGGCUUCACUCAGAUUAAUGUCUCAACAACAAUGGACACCUGGACCCAGCAAAUGGGUUACCCUGUCAUCACAAUGAACCAUACAGGAGAGUUUGUACAGGUUACACAAGAGCGAUUCCUUAUUGACUCAGAUGUGAAGGCAAAUGAAAAAUACCCAAGUCCUUUCAAUUACAAGUGGAAUAUACCAUUCAGGUAUGCAGUAGCAAAAUCGAGUAGUAUCUCCAAUCAACUUAUCACCAUACAUCCAGACUCUGGAGUGUUGAUUUCAUUUGCAGUUAAGUUCCAGGCAGAUCAUGAUCAAGUGAAAUGGAUGAAAGGAAAUUAUGGGAUGUUCGGGUACUACCGUGUCAACUAUGAGGAGAGAAACUGGCGUGCUCUCAUAAAACAACUCACUGAUAACCACACAGUGUUUUCUGCUGCCGACAGAGCUGGUUUAAUAGAUGAUGUAUGCUACUUGGCAAGAGCUAAGAAAGUAUCACAAGCUCUUGCAUUAGAUAUGACAAAAUACCUGGUAAAAGAAGAGGAUUAUCUCCCUUGGAGUGUGGCACUUGAUUGUCUGAAUUACAUUGGAGAACGUCUCCGAAGCAAAGCUGUUUAUGACAAGCUUCAGAAAUACACUGUAAAUUUGAUGUCCCACUCGCUGUCAAGGCUUGGCUGGCAGGACACUGGACUACAACUGGACAAAUUUCUGCGGUCAGUUCUAAUUAACCAAGCAUUAGCCUUCGGACAUAAACCAACAAUUGAAUAUGGCAGAAACUUGUUUGAGAACUGGAUGUACCGUGAAGGAAAGGUGAACGUUAACUUGAAGAGUGUGAUCUACCGAGCCGGGGUGCAGUACGGUGGUCUACCUGAAUGGGAUUUUAUCUGGAAAAAGUAUCUCAACGCUCAGGUGCCAUCUGAGAAACACAAACUGUUGAUCACACUUUGUCGCACACAAGACACCAACCACCUGGCAAGGCUUUUAGAAGAAGCUGCUAAAGGAGUAAAUAUCCGUCACCAAGAUCUGACUACAGUAGUGAGUGUCGUGUCCAUUAAUACCAAUGGACAAAUUCUGGCCUGGAGAUUCGUACAGCGAAACUGGAAAAACUUUGUGAAAUGGUUUGGAAGUUCUUCAUUUAUCCUGCCCUCCCUAGUGAAGAGCACCACCUCAUCUUUUUCAACUGAGUAUGAUUAUGAAGAGGUGUCAGCAUUCUUCAAAGCCCAUGAUUCUUCAUCCGUCAGCAUGUCUGUAGCCUCAAGUCUAGAGAACAUCCAGAUGAAUAUUGGUUGGCUAGAAAACAAUGAAGACAUUGUUACCAACUGGCUGCAUAAUUCCAAAAAUAUUCUACCUGACAAUAGAUAA